GGAGAGCUGAGUUUGAGCAGAUUUUGGGCAGCCCCAUAGCUGCACGCCGCGGCCCACCCAUGGCGCGCGCCGUCGAGAUCAUGAGCGCCGCGGCCUACGGCGCCGUGCGGCCUAAUUUUGGCGUUGAGAACUUGCCCGCCUUCUCCCCCAACGCACUGGCGCUGCUCACAGCGGCACGCGACGAGGCGGCGGCGCGCGGCCACCCUGGCGUCGGCACAGAGCACGUGCUGUGGGCACUGGUGCAGCCGGGCUGCGGCGCGCGCGUCAAGGGCUGGCUGGGGGAGCAAAUGCAGCCGGCGGCGCCUUGCGGCGACGACUGGCAGACACACCUGCUGGCGCGGCUCGAUGCCAACCCGCUGUGGGCGCCCUCUGGUGCUGCGGCGCUCGAGCCACCGCCUUUCACGGCUUCCAUGGUGGAAGUCUUUGGCGUGGUGCGGGAGUUUGCCGCGGGGCCGGUCCGCGACGGCGGCGUGCGGAUUGCCGAUGGCCUGGUGGCGACGGAGUUCCUGAUUGCCGCGAUCCUCCUGCACGGCAUCAACGUCUGCUCGGAGCUGCUCGGCCGCGCCUCCGUCGGACGCGUCAACUCCUGGACAAUCUUCGAGGCGAUUCGCAUCGACCCUCGGGCGAUUCACGUCAAUCGCCGCGUGACCGCGAGGUUGGACGCCUUCAGUAUAGGCCGUGGUGCAAUCGAAGGUCCGGCCCUCGAGCUCGGCGCGCCGCUGCCAGACCCGCGGUCCCUACCCGCGCCCCCGACCGGCACCUCGAACUGGCUCGUCCCUGGCCACGUGUUGAUCGGCGAGCGGCCCGGCGGCAGCUGGCCGCAAACACCGGCAGGGCCGGAUGCGCUGACCCUCGCCGACGCGGGAGUGACGACGUUCGUUUCUCUCAUCGGCGAGUACAGCUCGGAGCGCUACCGCGAUCGCGAGUACCCGUUCGACCUGCGGCGCGCCGCCCGAGAUGCCGACUUUCUCCAUUUUCCCGUCGCGGACUUUGAACCGCCCGAGCAGCAGGCCUUGGUGUCGCUGGUGCUGGAGCUCAAGCGGCGAGUUGUCGCGGGGGAGGUGAUCUACAUCCACUGCCGGGGCGGCCACGGGCGGACAGGGACGGUGGCCAUCCCGCUCAUCGCGGGGCUGUUUGACCUGGAAAACGACCGCGCGCAGGAGUAUGUGUGCGCGGCGACGCUGGCCAAUCGUCCGAACGAAAAUCCCAAAUGGGGCGUGCGCAUGCCAGAGUCAAAGGGGCAGGUCCAGGCGGCGGCUGCUGCGAACGCCAAGGCGCGAGGGCGAGCGCGCCGAUGAAUUUCCGGCGUGGCGCCACAACGAAAAGAAGCCGUCGUUCCAUUACCUCCCUCAUCUUCGCGGUCUGUUCCGAAAAUGGGCUGUCCCCUUUCUCUAGCCUAGCCUCAAUUUAACCGACGGUGUUCGCGCG